CCGCGCCUGUUAUCCCAGCGUGCUCGGCGGUGCCGCUUCCUUUUCCGGUCGGCCAUUUUCGGUGGCGGGAGGCCUGAGCAGCCAUGGCGCCGAGCCGCAAUGGCAUGAUCCUGAAGCCGCACUUCCACAAGGACUGGCAGCGGCGAGUGGCCACCUGGUUCAACCAGCCCGCCCGGAAGAUCCGCAGGAGGAAGGCCCGUCAAGCAAAGGCUCGCCGCAUCGCUCCACGUCCUGUAGCGGGACCCAUCCGGCCUAUCGUGAGGUGCCCUACUAUUAGGUACCACACAAAAGUUCGUGCUGGUAGAGGCUUCAGCCUAGAAGAGCUUAAACUAGCUGGCAUUAACAAAAAGUUUGCCCGGACUAUUGGAAUCUCAGUGGAUCCCAGGCGACGCAACAAGUCUACAGAGUCCCUGCAAGCCAACGUGCAGCGACUGAAGGAGUACCGCUCCAAGCUUAUCCUCUUCCCACGGAAGCCUUCUGCACCUAAGAAAGGAGACAGUUCUGCUGAGGAACUCAAGAUGGCAACUCAGCUGUCCGGACCAGUUAUGCCAAUCAGGAACGUUUUCAAAAGGGAGAAGGCCCGCGUUAUCUCAGAAGAAGAGAAGAACUUCAAGGCCUUUGCCAGCUUGCGUAUGGCCCGGGCAAACGCCCGACUCUUUGGAAUUCGUGCUAAACGUGCCAAAGAAGCUGCAGAGCAGGAUGUGGAGAAGAAGAAAUGAACUGUUCUCCCUAGAACUGUCAAUAAAAAAACCUAGAAACGUAA